AUGUCAGUGCACUUCGAAGAGAAAAGCGGGGUGGUGCCGUGUAAGACUCCGUGGGGAUGCUGGUACCAGACCAUGGAGGAGGUCUUCAUUGAGGUGCAGGUACCGCCUGGCACACAGAGCCGGGAUAUCAGAUGUAGACUGGGGAUCAGAGACAUAACGCUGGCCGUGCGGGACAAGCAGAUCCUAGAGGGACGGCUUUAUGAUUCCACAAUAGGUGAUGAAAGUACAUGGACUUUAGAGGACAAAAAACUUAUACGAAUAGUAUUAACCAAGUCCAACCGGGAUGCAGGCAAUUGCUGGCCUUCCCUACUGGAAGGAGAAUAUUCUGCUGAUCCGUGGCUUCAGGAUCAGAUGCAAAAGAAGCUAACAUUAGAAAGAUUUCAAAGAGAGAACCCUGGCUUUGACUUCAGUGGAGCAGAAAUCUCAGGAAACUACAGUAAAGGUGGACCUGACUUCUCUGGUUUACAAAAUUAA